AUGUCCUGCCCCCGCGAAGGAUGCUCUGGAGCCGCUGACUACCGCGAGCGUUGCAUGCAAUGGAUGGAAGACAACAAGCCCUCCUGUGCCCCAGACGACUUCUCCUCGCCAAAAGAAUCGAAGCCUACGAGCUCGCAACUCCCUCGAAGCAACACCAUCGGCUCUCCCGACGUUUACGAACGUUCUGCCACCGGCGAAGCUCCUCUUACGCGCACCGGCUCCUUUGGCGGCGGUCACGUGAAGCAGCUUGUAGCUGGCUAUGAAGCUCGUUCCCGCCGCGCCGAGGAUCUGUCUGAGGAGGCCAUUCGAAGAAAGCGCGAGGCUGAUCGAAUGUCUCAGGACAAGGACUCAGUUGCCUCGGCCGUCAAGAGCGAUUCUGAAACGAAGGUCGCCUCUCAAAAGAAGGAAUCCAUUCGUUCCGCCCCAGAUCUCAGGGAGCUGCAGAAGCUGCCGGUACCCAACCCCGUCGGUGAUAAGUACGGACCUGCUUUGCAGUGGUUCAUGUCCCAGAACUUUCUCGACGAUAGCUACGAGACGCCUCCCCCCGGAUUCUUCGAGAAUCUUCGGAAACAAGCAGAGGAGAAGGAAAAGGCUGAAUCUUUGUCUAAGCAGGAGCGGACCGGGAAGCCCGCCAGAGCUCCGUUUCCAGACCUCUCGAUCGAAGACUCAGCGCGAGACCGGAAGCAUGACGCAUACUACAACAUUCUUCUCCGUCGACGCAAGAUUCAGGAGAAAUAUCGAAACCGGGAGUUGGUGGCCAAAGGUAAGUUGCAGGACUGGAACUGGUGCGGCUUUCCUGGGUGCAACGCUGCGGUUUGUCUGUACCAAGGUGAAUCUGAGGGCGACAUCAGGAGGCCGACCCCAAAGGUCCUAGUCCAUUCCGACAACGGCGCUAGCGAGCAUGUGUCGAAACGUCUCCUUGAAGCCCUCAAUGAAAUUUGCGUGGACGAUGAAGCCGGCUUGCACUCCCUCGUCACGUUUGCAGCAUCUCCACCCAUCCUACGUGCUGCAGCGGAUUGUGUGCUUUCGAGGGUCAUGUUCGAUGCGGACUAUCAGUCAGCUGCUGCCACGUUCGAGGACAGAAUGUCAGAGUUUCCUCCUGCCUUGGUCGAAGAGCACAAGGUAACCCACGAGAAACUCCCAUUCUACGAAGAAGCCCCAACCCCGAAGACGGUGCCCGAGGUGGUCCUUCGAUUCCUUAUGAGAGCGGAGUCAUGGCGGGGAAAGCAGGCCGAGCAGGGCUACCCAUGGAACUGGCCACUUCAAGAUUGUGUGCAUAUCUUUAAGGGCAUUCUCGAUUCAUACAGAGAACUCUUCGAUGAUGGGCACGUGGUACUGGUGGAUGAGCCUUUCGAUGUGCUGGUGGACAAGCAGUGGCGGCAUUGGCUUGAUACCUACCGGCCAAUGCCGCCCAGGUUACCACAACAGGCCGCGCGCGCCCUGCGGAGGCUUGCGACCCCAUCCACGCCGAUCACACGAUACCUGAGCACAUCGACGGCCUUCCUCGCAGCGCCGACCGCCGCUGGUCCUGCCAGCUCCUUCGCCGGCGUGCGCUCCGACUACGUCCCAGUCACGAAGCCCCCCUCUGCCCGCCCUCCCGAGACGCGCAAGUCACAGCUCAUCCGAACCUACACCUCCCUCCUGCGCACGACGCCCCUGAUCCUCUUCUUCCAGCACAGCAACCUGACGGCCGACGAGUGGUCCGCCGUCCGCCGUGAGCUCAACUCCGCCCUCGACGCCGCCACACCCGAGGGCUCGCCCCUCCCCGGCCGCGACAUCCACCUCCAGGUCCUGCGGACCCGCAUGUUCAAUGUGGCGCUGAAGCUGGCCGAGUUCUACGACCCCGAGGUCGCCAAGGCGAACCCGAACACACCGCAGGGACGCAAGGGGCCGAUAGUGCACGACUUGAGUAUGUCGGCGUACGAGGCCAUGAAGAGCUUUGAGGUGCCCGCAGACUCUGCGUACGCGCAGAUCGCGCCUCUGAUGUGCGGUCCCACGGCGGCACUCGUGUUCCCCGCCGUCUCGCCCGCGCACCUCGCCGCGGCGCUGAAGGUCCUCUCGCCUAGCCCGCCCGCGUUUGCGGCGCCGACGAGGAAGAAGCAGCCGAGUUACUACGACCCGCUGGUGCAGAGCGGUCUGCAGAAGCUGCUGCUCGUCGGUGGACGGAUCGAGGGCGACGUGUUUGACGUGGAAGGCGUCAGGUGGGUUGGUGGUAUCGAGGGUGGUCUGGACGGCCUCAGGGCACAGCUCGUGCACCUUCUCCAGAGCGCCGGUCUGGGUCUUACGACUGCUUUGGAGGCUGGUGGCAAGAGCUUGUGGUUGACGCUGGAGGGGCGGAAAACGAUGUUGGAGGACGAGGGCAAGGAGGGCGAGGGGGAGAAGAAGAGCGAGUAG